GUAGUUACUACUACUGUAAUUAACAAAAUGGUGUUAUUCACGGCAUUGACAUUGGCAGCCGCUGUGGUUGUACUUUUAUACUAUCACUUCACAAGAACAUUCUCUUACUGGAAGGACCGAAAUGUUCCCGGACCGAAACCUAUACCUCUUUUUGGAAACCUUUAUGAUUCUACUGUGAGAUCCUGCACAACUGGCGCAGUUUUUAAAAAGAUAUACGAAAACUAUCCAAAUGAGAAAGUAGUGGGGGUAUUCAGGAUGACAUCUCCAACGCUCUUGGUGCGAGACCUCAACAUUUUAAAGCACAUUUUCAUCAAAGAUUUUGACAAUUUUGCGGAUCGAGGCUUAGAGUUCAGCAAGAAAGGUCUAGGACAAAACCUGUUUCACUCCGACGGGACCACGUGGCGAGGACUAAGAAGCCGAUUUUCACAUAUAUUUACGAAUUCAAAACUAAAAAAUAUGAUGCAUUUGCUCAACGAUCGAGGUGACAAGUUCGUCGAUUACUUAAGUGAGAGUGUAGCGAAGUCACCCGAGCACAAUCUCCAUGCCCUAGUGCAGAAGUACACGAUGUCCACGAUAACUGCCUGCGCCUUCGGUCUUGAUAUAGACACUCUUCGUGGAGACAUUGAUUCUUUAAAAAGAAUCGACAAGUUAAUUUUCACCCCUAAUUUUGCCACCGAGUUGGACAUGUUGUACCCUGGUAUCCUUAAAGAGUUAAAUAUGUCCGCAUUCCCGGCUGCCGUUACAAGUUUUUUUAAAGAACUGGUCAAGAGUGUGACUCUUCAAAGAAAUGGAAUGCCGACAAAUAGAAAAGACUUCAUGGAUUUAAUAUUAGAAAUGAAGAAUAAAGAACGAGUUGAAAUAACAAAAAAGUAUAGUGAUGAAAAAACCAAUACGAUUGAGAUAACUGAUAAUGUCAUAGCAGCUCAAGCCUUUGUGUUUUAUGCUGCCGGUUAUGAGACUACGGCUUCAACCAUGGGCUUCUUGUUGUAUCACUUAGCACUGGAUAUUCAAAUACAGGAUAGAUUAAGGACGGAAAUAGAUGAAUACCUAAAGAAACAUAACAACAAAAUAGAACUGGACACUUUAAAUGAUUUACAAUAUUUAGAUCAAGUUUUCAGUGAGACUCUCAGGAUGUAUCCGAUAGUGGACACAUUACAACGGAAGGCUCUAAACGAUUAUCAUUUGCCGGGAACGGACGUUAAAGUAGCGAAAGGUCAACUUGUGCUCGCUUCUGUUUGGGGUAUUCACCACGACGAGAAAUACUACCCAGAACCGGAAAAGUUUGAUCCCGAGAGAUUUUCGCCGGAGAACAUAGCUGCCAGGGAUACCAUGGCAUAUUUACCGUUCGGCCAAGGACCGCGGUAUUGCAUAGGAAUGCGCUUUGCCCACGUGCAGUCCAGGGUGUGCAUCAUUAGACUUCUAUCGACAUUCCGUCUGGAGGUAAACAAGAACACCGUCCGCUCGUUGACCUACAGCGGAUACCGAAUUUUCAUUGCCCCUAAGGAAGAAAUCUCCGUGAAUAUCUAUCCGCGGUAGGACCUUUAAUAGACUCACCCUUUUAUUUCUAUAUCCUACCCACAAAAUUAAAAUUUUGAAAAAACCCCCGACCGCGAGAUGGUUAACCGAUUUUCAUUAAAUAUGGCUAAGAACACUCCCGACUAACUCAGCUUUCAAACAAAAAAAUAACUAAAUCUAAAUCAGUUCAUCCGUUCGGGAGCAACGAUGCCACACACAGACAGACAGACAAACAGACAGACACGUCACACGUAUAACAUCCCGUCGUUUUUGCGUCGGGGGUUUAAAAGGGGAAGGGAUAGCAUAGGGUACUGCUCAAGUGUCAGUGCCACUUUUAGGAACUAAAGAAAACUCAAUUGUGAUAGGUACUCGAGUAGGUUGCCACUGUUGCUCCCCCUUGCACAAACUGGAGAAAAUUUAAAAAUGUCCUCAUUUCAACCCCUUUUGUUUAUAAAUGAGUGAGUUUAUAGUGCUUAUUUUUAGUGUAUCAUGACUUUAUUGGAGAUAAUUAUAAUUAACUGUGUGAUUAUGGUAUAAAUAUCAAUUCUAAAAUCCUGCAUGUAUUUCUGUACAUAUAUUUUAGACAGGUACUUUUUGGAUAACAUAUGAAAAAGAUGUAAAAAUUGAACAUCUACCUGGGGAACCUGCAGUAUUUAUAAAUGAAAUUGUAAAAAAUGAAAGUGUAAAUAUUUUUUUGUACUUCUAGUUGAUUUUUGUAAAUAUUGUUCUAAUUAAGUAUUGGUUAUAUUUUGUAUAUUUCAUAAAAAAAAAAAAUAUUUAAUUGUACAUAGUUUAUAUAAUUUUACUAGUUAUAUAAGUUACUUGGUUUUUAAAGUUACAGUACAACGGGGCAAUUAUGACUGCAGGAAAUUGCAAACUAAUCGAAAUAUCUUAAAUAAUUUUCAUUAUUUACUAUAGUAUACGUCCAGAUAGAUAGAUAAAUUGAAAAUAUCUUUAUUCAUACCCACAACAUUACGUA